AGUUUGAUCAUUAGUUAUUGAGCCGUGCAUUCAGCACUACAUUCAAGCGGUGAAAGUUUCCAGUGUUUCGAUCGAGAAGAAGUGAAACUUGAACACUGUUAAUCAUGCCUAGCUUGCCGAUACCGAUUCUAUUGGUGAUCCUCGCAAUGAUUUUCAGCCGAUGUCCAGCCGUGGUGGCUCUAGAGUGUUACCAGUGCUUCGGAGUGCGCGAUUGUAACGGAUCGGAAGCCAACACAACUCUUACCUGCAAUGAUGAAAACGCGCAUUCGACAUUCCAAGUGCUCAGCAAAUUCUACCCGGAAAUGCAAGAAAACCAGCUGGCCAUCGGAUAUCGAUGCGUUUCGGUUCGAGUCAGCUCCAUUUCCGGUUCCGAAGAGCUGUACACGGUGAAGGGUUGUAUGAAAGAAAUGGAGGGAUUUUGCAAGCAAAAAACGAUCGAUUUCAACGGGAUGUAUCGAUGCUGGAGCUGCAACACGAACCUGUGCAACGGUGGCUCCAGAGUGUACUCUCUCCUGGGUAGCGGUACGAGUUUGGUCGCUCUCGUGUGUGGCUGGUUGGCGGUACAGCUGAUGAAAUCUAGUUGAGGUUUAAUUUGUUUUCGGUAGAAUGGUGUUAAGAACGGAACGAAUAGACGUCAAAUAUAACAAAUGAAAAUUGAAC